AUAGGUACUUCUUUCACUGACAGACAUCGACGGGGAAGUGAUUUGCCUAAGUCUCGGGAAAUUCCCUGACUGUAACGAGUAAGCGCACAGAGAGGAAGAUCCUAACUACCCAGACAAGCAGCACUCAGACGCGGAAUAGGCAAGACGGAGGCUGCCGCCUGAACGAGAAGCAGCUUCGCAGACGCCAGCCUCAGCGGGAGAAGGUCCCACCAUGGCCGGUGGUCAUGAGCCAUAUAUUGAAAUACAUGAGCAACCUAGACAGAGAGGGAUGCGUUUUCGAUACAAAUGUGAAGGAAGAUCAGCAGGCAGUAUUCCGGGUGAACAUAGUACCGAUAUCAACCGGACGUUCCCAUCUAUACAGAUUCUGAACUACUUUGGGAAAGUAAAAAUCAGAAUAACAUUGGUAACUAAGAAUGAACCCUAUAGGCCGCAUCCUCACCAGCUGGUUGGAAAGGAUUGUGAAAAUGGUUACUAUGAAGCUGAAUUUGGGCCAGAGCGUAGAGUUUUGAGUUUUCAGAACCUGGGCAUUCAGUGUGUGAAAAAGAGAGAACUCAAGGAAUCCAUCAUUUCACGAAUUGCUAAGAAGAUCAAUCCAUUCAAUGUUUCUGAAGAACAGCUGUUGACAGUUGAAGAAUAUGACCUCAAUGUGGUGAGACUCUGUUUCCAAGCAUUCCUCUCUGAUAAGCUUGGCAACUGCACACAACCUAUAUCCCCAGUUAUCUCCAACCCCAUUUAUGAUAACCGUGCACCUAAUUCAGCUGAAUUGAGAAUCUGCCGUGUGAACAAGAACUGUGGAACAGCGACAGGAGGAGAUGAAAUUUUCCUCCUGUGUGACAAAGUUCAGAAAGAUGAUAUAGAAGUGAGAUUUUUCAUGAAUGACUGGGAAGACAGGGGGAUUUUUUCACAAGCUGAUGUUCAUCGUCAAGUAGCAAUUGUCUUCAAGACGCCCCCAUUUUUCAAAGAUAUCCCAGAUCCUGUGACUGUGAAGAUGCAAUUGCGAAGGCCCUCAGAUCAGGAAGUCAGUGAUCCAAUGGACUUUAGAUAUUUACCAGUGGAAAAAGAUCCUUAUGGACAUAAGGCAAAGAGGCAGAGGUCACCAAUGGCUUUACAAAAGCUCAUUCAAGAUUCUGGUCCCUAUGAAAGGUCUAAUGCUGCUCUGUUCCAGACUGCUACCAGUGAAGGAAAAUUCAUUAAGAAAGAACCAAAUAUAUAUUGCUCACCGAUUGAAACAGCCAUCCCACUGCAGAAAGGAAGCAUUCCUUCCUUGCAGGCAUAUUAUUCACCUCCUUUAAACCACUUAAGUUCCAAUGGACAUCCUGGUCCACCUUUUCAAAUGACAGAGUCCGUUAAGCAGGAUGGGGUUCUGCCAUCUUGCUGGCAUUCUUCUGUUUCACCUCUAAGUGUUUUGCUGCAACAUAGAAACUUGGGUGAUACGUUGCAUCCUACAAUGCAGAAUGGUAGCUCUCCAUGUCUUGGACAGGAAAAGUGUCUGAACUGGGCCAGUCAGAAAGAGGGAAACAUUUAUCACGGGUUCCUUGGAACAAUGAAUGAUCAUGAGUCAACAAUGUCGUCAUCAUCACCUUCGCCAUCAGUGUCUCAGCAAGAUAUGCAGAAUGUCUCCAGCACUCUUGACAGCCAGUCUAUUCAUCCAGAAAAUGCUGCAGUGUCCAAUGGCAUUAGCAUGGAGAUGGAAGACUCCAGAUGCUCAGAUGUUAACCUGGAAAAGUCAUCUUUUGUUCAAGAUUUAAAUCCAAGCAACCACAGGAAGAAAGUCCAACCAUUGCUGCCUCCUGCCAUAUCACCAGUAACCACUUCUAGCUUAUCUUUGACCUCUAUGUCCAAUAUUUUUGAGACACCAACUUUUCAAUAUAUGGCUAACCUUAAUGAAUCAGGAUUUCCUGGCAAUUCAAACAUGAUAAAUAUAUCAAAUUUUGAUACUUGCAGCACCCAAGAUGAUGAGUUCCUACAUUCCAUUGGAAGCAAUUUUGAUAGCAUACUUUAAUUUUUUUAAAAAAUAAUGUUUUGGAUUUUUUUACUUUGCGUUAAAUGCAAUAUGGACCUUGGUGCUCACCAAAAUCAGAACCAAAUGUCAACAUUUUGUAGAAUGGAGUAAUUUUAUAGUAGACCAAAGCUACUUCAAAUGUUGCAUACAGCCACUAGUUCUUGACUUAAGACUGUUUGUUUAAUGAUGGGUUGAAGUUAUGACAGCCCCUGAAAAAGUAACUACCCAUCCUUGAAAUUAUUUUUUUAAUACUUGUAUUAAAUUUAUCAAACUAUAAAAGACAACUGAAAGUGGGAAAAGAGGGAAGGGAAGAGAAAGAAGUGUAGAGUAGAGAGGGG